AUGGUGCCUCUCACGCUCGUUUCUGCUCUCUGGAAGCGCGAUCAGAAUGAUGGAGGCCUGGGCGAUUCUUCACGGCAGUACGACUACGAAAACCACUACGACGACGACGAUGGAUACGGCGAGAGCUGGUGGUGGUCGCCGGUAAGGACACCAAUCUAUCAGAAAAACCCCCCCCCGCCGACCGCGCACACACAUGACUAACAAACACCACCUCUCCAGACCGGCAUGGCCGUCCGCUACACCAUCAUCACGAUCCUCUUCGCCGCGAUCCUCCUCUACUUCAUCGGCGGCUACUGGCACGCCCAGCGCCGGAUCCGCAAGGGCCUGCCUCCUCGCGCAUACCACGCCUGGAUGAUCCGCCGUUCCCAUCGCUACCGGAAUCCACAAGCAGCACAACAAAACCCCUACGUUCCUCAAUCCCAAUACCAACAGCCCGAAGGCGGCUACGCCAUGCCCGGAUACCCACAACCUCCACCGGCGUAUAACCCCUUCAGCGCUCCUCCGCCGGCUUACCAGCCUCCCGAGGGCGGCAGCAAGACGAUGGCGGAUCAGCACUAUCCUGCUGGUGUGAAUCGCGAGGGAGAGCCGAGUCACCUAAGUCAGCCUCUACCGGCACUGCCCCGGCAGUAG